AUGACCCGGUGGGAGGGGAUCGAGGCGAAGGUGGCGUCGUCAAGCCGACAAGUCGACAAGCCUGUAUCGGUUGGCUGGACAGGACUGGCCUUGACGACCGGAAAACGGGCAGAAGAGAAGGAUGAAAUCCGUUGGCGUCACGGUUGUUGUGACUCUUGCCUGUACCGGCGGUGGCCGGUCUCCGACGCACCGCUACUGAACACACACACACUGAUGGACAGACAGUUGAGACACACUCACCUCGAUCGUGUAAACAAUCGGUUGUGCCAAGAGACGGUGCACACUCCAUUGGUCUCGGACCUCCCGGGCUCAGUGAUUACAGGCCUUCACGACAGCGAAAACACAAAGCCGGACACAUGCACUUGGAAACAGGCAGCCCGACCUACGCAACUGACGUAG